UGAACACGUGGUCAAACUCGUGGCUUCAUCUCUUCCAGUCCGUGAAAGAAGAAGGCGGUGCCGGAACCUCGCCGGAAAACUCGCCGAUCUUCAUCUCGAAACUUGUUUGAGGCUGCUUGCACGUUCUUCAUACCUCCAAUCGCCGUCGAUCUCUGUAAAUGCAAAAGCCCUAAUCUCAAAAACUCAACCUUUCUCUCUCUGAGUCAAACUGAUGUUAGCGAUUCGAUCAUCGAAUCACUUCCGAUGCAUUUCUUCUCUCUGCACUAAAACCCGAUUCUCCUCCGCAUUGGUCUCUCUCAAUCGCCAAGUUUCUCCCUUUCCCUCCUCAUACCUCCACAGAGCAAUGUCUUCUUCUCGCCCCUCUGCAUUUGACGCUCUCAUGUCGAAAGCUCGCGCAUCCGCCAAGAAGAAAACGACACCCCAAGCUUCCAAUUCAUCUCCCUCCCCGAACAAAAGAAAAAUCGCGAAAACCCAAGACGCCGAUUCGCCAAAGGCGGAAGCUUUUCCCGAUGAACCCAGAUCAGAUUCGCCGUCAAUUGCGGAAGAUUUGAAGAAGGGAGCGAAAACCCAAGACGCCGAUUUGACAAAGGUGGAGGCUUUUCCUGAUUCGGAUAAACCCAGAUCGUCAAUUGCGAAAAAGUCUAGGACUUUGAGUCAGACGGAUAAAGUCGACGAAUUGAAGAGUAAGAUUGUGUUGCUGAAGAGGAAGCCUGGCGAAUUCGAUCCGGAGAGAGUUUGUUGUUGGGAGAAAGGGGAGAGAGUUCCGUUUCUGUUUGUGGCAUUGGCGUUUGAUUUGAUUUCAGCUGAGAGUGGGAGGAUUGUGAUUACUGAUAUUCUGUGUAACAUGUUGAGGACUGUUAUUGCCACCACUCCUGAUGAUUUGGUCGCUACUGUUUAUCUUGCGGCCAACGAGAUUGCUCCUGCUCAUGAAGGGGUGGAGUUGGGGAUUGGUGAAGGUUCUAUUAUCAAGGCCAUCUCUGAAGCUUUUGGUAGAACUGAGUCCCAGGUUAAGAAGCUGAAUACGGAACUAGGAGACUUGGGGCUUGUAGCAAAAGGAAGCCGUUCGUCACAGACUAUGAUGUUCAAGCCAGAACCAUUGACUGUUGUCAAGGUUUUCAAUACUUUUCGACAAAUUGCUAAGGAAAGUGGAAAAGAUAGUACAGAAAAGAAGAAGGAUCGGAUGAAGGCACUUCUUGUGGCAGCAACAGACUGUGAACCUCUGUACUUAACUCGUUUACUUCAGGCAAAAUUGCGGUUAGGAUUCUCAAAUCAGACUGUCUUAGCUGCCUUGGGACAAGCAGCUGUUUAUAAUGAAGAGCACUCAAAGCCACCCCCAAAAACCAAGUCUCCUUUAGAGGAGGCUGCGAAGAUUGUUAAACAAGUAUUCACUGUGCUUCCUGUGUAUGACAUUAUUGUUCCUGCUCUUCUAACUGGCGGUGUGUGGAAUCUUCCUAAAACUUGUAACUUCACACUUGGUGUACCUAUUGGGCCAAUGCUUGCAAAACCAACAAAAGGUGUAGGCGAGAUACUGAAUAAGUUCCAGGACACAGUUUUCACAUGCGAAUACAAAUAUGAUGGAGAACGUGCACAGGUACAUUGUAUGGAGGAUGGUACAUUCGAGAUAUAUAGUCGAAAUGCUGAAAGAAACACUGGGAAGUACCCUGAUGUUGCUCUUGCGUUAUCAAGAUUAAAGAAGCCUUCUGUGAAAUCUUUUAUCCUGGACUGUGAGGUUGUUGCUUUCGACAGGGAGAAAAAGAAGAUUCUUCCGUUUCAGAUUUUGAGCACUCGAGCGCGUAAGAAUGUGAACGUCAAUGAUAUCAAAGUUGGCGUGUGCAUCUUUGCUUUUGACAUGUUGUAUCUAAAUGGCCAGCAACUUAUCCAGGAGAAUCUUGAUAUUCGCCGAGAGAAGCUAUACGGAUCAUUUGAGGAAGAUCUUGGAUAUUUCCAGUUUGCAACUGCUCUAACAUCCAGCGAUAUCGAUGAAAUACAAAAGUUUCUUGACGCUUCUGUUGACAUUGGGUGUGAAGGGCUAAUCAUUAAAACAUUGAAUUCAGAUGCGACAUAUGAGCCUGCAAAGCGAUCCAAUAAUUGGCUAAAACUGAAGAAAGACUAUAUGGACAGCAUUGGGGACUCUGUGGAUCUUGUACCAAUUGCUGCUUUCCAUGGACGUGGCAAACGCACAGGUGUCUUUGGUGCAUUUUUACUAGCUUGCUACGAUGCUGAUAAGGAAGAGUUCCAGAGCAUUUGUAAAAUAGGUACUGGAUUUUCUGAAGCUGUGCUUGAAGAACGGUCUACCAGUCUCCGGUCCAGAGUGAUUCCUACUCCUAAACAAUACUACCGAGUUGGAGACAGCCUCAAUCCAGAUGUUUGGUUUGAGCCCACUGAGGUCUGGGAAGUGAAGGCAGCUGACUUGACCAUUAGCCCUGUGCAUCGUGCAGCUAAUGGAAUUGUGGAUCCUGAUAAGGGAAUUUCUCUACGUUUUCCUCGUUUACUCCGUGUACGGGAAGACAAGAAGCCAGAGGAAGCAACAUCAUCUGAACAGAUUGCUGAUAUGUACCAAGCUCAAAAACACAACCAUCCAAGCAAUGAAGCCAAAGGUGAAGAUGAUUGAACAAUUGUAAUCUGGUCAUGGAGCUUAUUGUACGCACAAUGUGUGUUUGAGUUUUCUACCUUAACUGCUAAUGAAAACAAAACAGUUUUUAGAAUAAGUUAAUUCGAGGUCUGGAAUAGGUAGGUUUACAGUAACAGGAUGGUAUGUUAAGAAAAUCAAAUAAUCUUUUCUUAAUUAAAAAAAAA